AUGUCGAAUACUACGGAUGCGCCGCAUCGCGUAUCGUUUAGAUCUUGCACUGAAGUCGGCCCUUACUGCCCGGUCCAGGCUACGGUUCUGGGAUACUAUCCCAACCUCGGCGUCAAUGCCUUUCUCGCCGCCGCGUUCGGUAUAUGCAUCAUAGGCCUCGUCGUCACCGGUGUUUGGAAGAGGACUUGGGGUUAUUCCGCUGCCCUUACCGCGGGAUGUGUUCUUGAGUUUGCAGGCUACAUCGCGCGCGUCCUCCUCCACAACAACCCCUGGGACUCCGGCGCCUUCCAGACGCAAAUCUGCGCCAUCAUCCUCGCGCCGACGCUAAUCUGCAUCUCCAUCUACCUGACGCUCAAGCACGUCACGCUGUCCAUCAACCCGGAGCUCUCGCGCCUGCGCCCGCGGCUGUACCCGCUGAUCUUCGUGCCCGCCGACGUGUCCUGCCUGAUCCUGCAAGCCAUCGGCGGCAGCCUCGCCGCCUCCGCCGGCUACGACAACCCGCAGCUGCUGCUCUCCGGCGACCGCGUCAUCAUCGCCGGCAUCGCCCUGCAGUCCGCCGUCCUGGGCGGCUUCGGCGUCCUGUGCGUCGAUUACUACCUCCGCACCAAGAAGUGGGUCGUCGCCGGCCACGCCACGCCUCAGGCCCUGGCCAUGUGGAACGAUAGGAAGUUCCGCAUGUUCUGCUAUGCGGUGGCCGGUGCGUACGCGGGGAUUCUGAUACGGUGUAUCUACCGAAUUGCCGAGAUGGCCGGAGGAUGGGGAAACAAGAUCAUGCAGGAUGAGCCGUCGUUUAUUGUGCUUGAGGGAUUCUGCAUCAUCAUCCCCGUCGUCCUCCUAACCGCCUUCCCGCCAGGCUUUCUGUUCCCGGCAAUGGCCGAGCGGGAAGCCCAGCGCUUCAAGAAAGGGUCCAAGGGGGAGAAGGUAGCUGGAGAGGAGCCCAUCACGUCGGGCGAUGAGGGACACCAGACGGAGCAGAAGACUCUUAGCGUAUAA